GGGGCGGCGGGCACCGGGGCGCUCGCGCGCCGAGCAGCCUCGGCCGCUGCGGCUUCGGCCGCUGCGGCUUCGGCUUCCUUGCGCAGGCGGGCACGCACGCCUACCGUGAGGCCAGACGGGUGCGUCGCUUGCGGUGGCGGCGCGGGUUCGGCGGUAUCGGUGUCGGCGGGAGGCGUCGCCCGCCGUCGCGGCGCGGGCGCUGGCGCCGGCGCAGGAGGCGGCGCCGGCGCC